AUGUCGGAUCCGCUGUCAGUGGUAGCAAGCGCCGCUGGGGUCAUCUCUCUCGGUAUCCAGGUCAUCGACAACAUCAUCGCUUACUGCGACUCGUGGAAGGGCUAUGACAAGGAUAUUAGAGAUCUUACCCACAAAGCCAGUGGGCUCUCGAAAACCCUGAAACAUCUCGAGAAUGUCCUUCAACAUCGGCAGAAGUUUGACUCGCUGUCUCAGAAACAGAUUGAAGACUUGAUGAUUGGCAGUAAAGUCACGAUUGAUAAACUCAAAGAGAUGACCGACAAGAUACCUUUUCCAUCUGGUGGUUCGAAAUCAGCCUUUGCAAAACGUGCACUCUAUCCACUGCGGAAGCGCACGUUGGUCGAUGCUGCGGGGAUGCUGGAUGGCUUGCAGGCCAACAUCAAUACAGCACUGAUAACCAAGGGAGCUGGCGGUUGCUCAAUCAGUCCUACGCUGACCUACCAAGCAAUCACACCGUAUGGAUUCAAGCAAUUAAUGUAUGCAUUCUUUCGCGAAAGAAAAGGUGAAGCAACAUACUCCGAGUGUUGCCACUACCUUAUUCAAAACAAACUGGUUCGGCCGUCAGACAUCGAAGCGGAUGGGACCACGAUUUUGGAUAUCCUUACUGACUUGACCCUUGCCGGUUGGGACUCGAAACUCGAUGUUUUUCAAGAACCCAUGAGAUACUUGAUCAGUGCAGGAGUGUCCGUGAGCAUGGGAAGAUAUGGUACCUUCCUUGACUUCUUCGUAGGAAAAGCGGGAACGACUCAAUCCUCAUACCGUCUGAUAUCAGAGCUCAUUGAUGCCGGAGGCUACAUCACAGACAACGCUGUGACCCCUAUCAAUCAAGGCGCCAUCCGUUUUAUGCUAUCCCACCACCCUGAAGCUGUCUUUCUUUCUCCUCUGGCGCGUGUCCUUGUUCAGGGAGACGAAGAUGGACUUGCAAACCUGGUAGCGCGCAGACAGCUGACUGGGACUCACCUCAUUGGAGACUGGUCCGCAUUGGAGAUUGCUAUCGACUGGCCCGCAGGGGUAAAGAUCCUUCUUGGGAUAACAGAUGUCAUCCCCAAAGAUGUGAUCUAUUCGGCCAUUGGAGCCAACUGCCUCGGCUCGUUAGGUCUUUUACUUGAGGCAGGUGUACCUUUUCACGCGGACCAUAUUGCAUAUAGUGUUCGUUAUGCGAGUGCCAAAGUGACAGACCUCCUGGUUGACGAGUUGAUCGUUAGACGAAAGCGGCUACGUGACGUUGCGAUGAGUACUCUUCCCAAACACGUAUGCCGUGAUCUGGGGUUGACAAACCACUCUCUACCCGACCUGAAUGCGUUCAAAGUCUACAAAACACUUCAAAGAAAAGGCAUAACCAGAGAAAGAAGACUGGAUCUGUGGAGGGCCCGACCCUAUAUUCGAGGACCCGACAGUCAGCCAGAACUCGAGGACCAUUAUGACUCCGUCUUCCAUCAAGUUGGGCUGCCCUGCCAGGUUAUGCAAAAGCUGUAUGAUGCUGGAUUGACCGAUAUCGACAUGCCUGACACGGAUGGACGGACACCGUUGAUGCGCACAACCGAAGCAUUGUCGCUAGGUCCAUUUCUGGAUAGAGCCAGGUGGCUGAUUUCGAAAGGUGCGAAUCCUAACCGGCUUCUGCCGGGCACAGCUACUCCCGCAAUGCACAAAAUCGUCAGCACCAGCAUGGUUCUGAUUCAGGACCUCGCUUUUGUCGCCUCGAAAGGAGUGAUACCCCAGUAUGUGGAUAUCCAGCUCGCAUGCAUAGAUCGGGAAAAUCGAGCAUUUCUGAUAAACGCAACUACGGAGAACAAGCACGAUGGCUGCAGGUGCGCUUGCUCAAAGCAUGGAUGCACACCGCUCUUAGUCACUUUGCGCAACCUAGCGAGAACCUCCUUGGAGAAUUCCGGGGAACUGGCACUUCACAUUGCAUUGAAUCUGCUCCAGCUCAUACCUCCAUCCUCUGCUGUAGCCGAAAAAUUUAUCCGCCUCAUGACCUUUGAGGAUCUGGACCUCACACAUACUUGCUGUGAUUGUGAUGAUGAAGCCCAAUUUGUCCAAUUCCGUCAAGACCCAGAUGUCAUACAAAAAGAGGAAGAAGAGGCGAUUCGUGCAUUCGAGGAACUAGUCCAAGGAUUUAUUGACCAAUACAAUACGCUCGGUCUGCCCCUAGUGGAAUUUCUGCGACAACACUGGUGCGUACAGCUGCAAGAGCAUCUCCAAGGGCAGGCUCCCUCCGAAGAAGAGUUACACCAGAUAAAAGAGCUCGGUGUCGAAAUUCUCCCCAGUUUACCAUUCACAGCGAAUUCGUGGUGCGUCUUGAUGCAGCCGAAGAUCAUGGAGAUUAUCAAUAUCUAG